AUGUCUGUUUAUCGAAAUUUAUUAAAAAAUGAAUUAAUUGUACCACCUAUUAUUCCUAUGUUUCCAGUAUGUAUGAAAGAUUUAACAUUUAUUCAUUUGGGAAAUCCAACGCGGGAUGAUGGUUUGAUUAAUUGUGAAAAACUUCGUAUGAUGGCAAAAGAAAUUCGUUAUAUAAUGAAUAUGUCAUCAUCAUCAUACGAUAUUUCAAAUAUGUUUGAUUCUCCUACAUCACAUCCACAAGUUUUUGCUGGUUUUGGUCAUCAAUCGACAACAGAUUCAGUUGGAACAAUGCGAAGAAAUCAUACUGGUGUGCGUUCAUCUGUUAUGGCUAAUGCUAAACGAAUUUAUGAUGAAGCAUUAAUGAUCAAAAGAGUUAAAACAUAUUUAAAUACUGCUGAAAUAAUUGAAGAUGAAAAUCGUUUACUUGCAUUAACUAAUCAAUGUGAACCUGCAACUACGCUUAAACGACGUCCAUCACCUUCAACAUCAAGUUUAUCAUCGAAUUCUUCUAGUGAUCGUCGUGGUACUAUACAAUUAACUAAAUUUGGUACACAAUCACCUGAUGAUGUUAAUAAAUUACUUCGUCUAUCAAAUAGUAGUUAUCAAAUAAAAUCACGAGCACCAUUAAAACCAAAUCCUAGUUCAAACUCAUCUGCACUCCGAACUGCAUUACCAUUUGUAGUUGAUUCAAUAACAACAACAGGACUUACAUCAGUUAAUGAAUCGAUUCAACAUCGUCGUCCUCAUGUAGCUAAAAUACGUGAUGCAAAUAAAUUAACAAGUGAAAGUUCAAGUCUAAAUUUUAAACAUGCAUCAUCAACAUUACUUGUUCGACUACAUACUCAAUCAAAUCAAAAUAAUAAUAAUUUACCGAAACAAACUGAUUCGAGAAAUGAUAUUGCUGGUGAUAGAAAUGUACAACUAACUAAAAAUACUUUUUCUGAUGAAUAUUCAUCGAUUAAAACCCGAAAUCAAUCUAUAUCAAGUAAAAAUAAAUAA